UAUAGAUAUGGAGUUUGAGCACCAGUUGGAAGAUGAAGAAGUCCCUGUGGCUGUGGUUGGUGGUGGUAUAGUGGGUCCAGUAAUGGCAUACAUAUUGGGAGAGCGCGGUAUCAGAGUUCAUUUAUAUGAGUCGAGAAACAAAGGCCUAAAUGGAAGUCUGGGCAGAGCAAUAAACUUUUCUCUCUCCAACCGCGGAAUAGACGCACUGGUACGAAUGGGUAUCUCCGAUGAAGUGCUAAAAGAGGCAGCUCCAUACUAUGGUAGAUGCAUACACUUGCCUAAUAGUGGGGGUAAGACUAAAGUAGAGUUUUACCUUGGCAAUGAAAAGAAAGGAGCAAUACACUCCAUAAAUAGGAGACUAUUGAGUGAAUUGGUUUUGAAAAGAUUAGAAGAGAAUCCAAAUGUCAAAAUUUUUUAUCAGCAUCAAUUAAUUAAUAUAGAGCAUAAAAACGAAACGUUACACUUUAACGUAAAAGGAGGAGAAAAGGGGAGUAAUAAUAAAAAAUCAGUAAAAGCUAAAUUUAUAAUUGGCUGUGAUGGUUUCAAUUCUUCUGUGCGUAAAAGUAUACUGGGAUCAAUGUCAUAUUAUCAGCAGAACAUAUUGGACGAGGUUUAUCAUGAGUUGUACCUUCCUCCAACACAAAAUGGAGAGUCUGCCCUACCAUAUCCAGAUAUGUUUCAUAUAUGGCAACUAGGUGAAGUGAUGAUGGUUGGUCUACCUAAUAAAGGGAAUAGUUUCAAUAUCAUAUUAUAUACUCCUCUCUCGCACUCUAGAAAUAUUAAAACACCAAAUGAUGUUUUGGAUUUUUUCCGAAAAACAUUUCCAGACGUGCAGAAAAAAAUUCCACAAAAUCAACUAAUUGAAGAUUUUUUUCGAAAGACCCCAAGCAGGCUUAAUAUCAUGAAGUGUUACCCUUAUCACUAUGGUAACAUCCUUUUCUAUUUUACCCAACUGAGCGGCACUGACCCAGCUCCGAGCAUUAAUACACAUGAGCACAGCCCUAUACGUACAUCAGUAUCAAGAAACUUCUCUCAAAACUCAAUAUAA